CGUUGUCCCUGCAGAUCCUGAAGCCUGCAGGCUUUGUGGACACGUCUCACUACCCGCUGCUGCUGCUGGUCAACGGCACCCCCGGGGGCCAGACGGUGUCGGAGCGGUUUCACAUGGACUGGGCCACGGUUCUGGUGAGCAGCUUUGGCGUCAUCGUGGUGCGCUGUGAUGGGCGGGGCAGCGGCUUCCAGGGCACCAACCUGCUGCACCGCAUCCAGAAGAGGCCGGGCGUGUUCGAGGAGCAGGAUCAGAACGACGCGCUGAACUUCAUCCUGAGAGAGCCGUACGUGGACAAGAGCCGAGUCGGCGCGUUUGGACAGGUGUACGGCGGCUUUGUGACCAGUCUGCUGGUCAGCGGUGAAGAGUCUCCGGUGAAAUGUGGCGCCGUGCUCUCCCCCAUCACAGACUUUGAGUUAUACGGUAAGACGUGAUGUUUUCUUCUUGCUCAGAUUCAGAGUCAGCAGGUCUGAACUGGAUGUUCUCAGAGCUUCAUCAGAAA